GACGCGCAGCCUCGGCGAGAGCCCGGGAAGCGCUCGGGCGGAGAGGAGGAGCCAGGCGCCCCGAGCGGGUGGAGUCGGAGCUGGAGAGCAGUGGAAGCGGAUUUCCUGGGCCCGGCUUCUGGGGCCACCAUGGCGUUUGGGAAGAGCCACCGGGACCCCUAUGCGACCUCCGUGGGCCACCUCAUAGAAAAGGUUACAUUUGCUGGAGUUCAGACUGAAGAUUGGGGCCAGUUCAUGCACAUCUGUGACAUAAUUAACACUGCCCAUGAUGGGCCAAAAGAUGCAGUAAAAGCUUUGAAGAAAAGGAUUUCCAAAAACUACAAUCAUAAAGAAAUCCAACUUACCUUGUCACUUAUUGACAUGUGCAUGCAGAACUGUGGUCCAAGUUUCCAAUCUCUGAUUGUGAAGAAGGAGUUUGUUAAGGAUAGUCUAGUCAAGCUGCUGAAUCCCAGAUACACCUUGCCAUUAGACGUUCAGAAUAGGAUCUUGAGUUUCAUUAAGGCUUGGUCACAGGGUUUCCCAGGUGUGGAUGUAAGUGAGGUGAAAGAAGUGUACCUGGACCUUCUUAAGAAAGGUGUUCAGUUUCCUCCCUCUGAUGCAGAGCCUGAAACAGGAAGACAAGAGACUGUUGAGAUCUCAUCAAGUCCAACAACUGUCCCUACUGCACCAGCUCUUCCUCCUGUAAUUGUUCCUAAGAACUCUACUAUUACAUUGGUCCCAGAACAGAUUGGAAAAUUGCACAGUGAAUUGGAUAUGGUGAAAAUGAAUGUGAAAGUGAUGUCUGCCAUACUGAUGGAGAAUAUUCCUGGGUCUGAAAAUCAUGAAGACAUAGAACUUCUGCAGAAACUUUAUAGGACAGGUCAGGAGAUGCAGGAGAGGAUCAUGGACCUGCUCGUGGUGGUGGAGAAUGAAGAUGUAACCAUUGAGCUAAUUCAAGUGAACGAGGAUUUGAAUAAUGCUAUCCUUGGAUGUGAGAGGUUUGCUCGUAACCAACAAAGGAUUUUAGAGCAAAAUAACCAGAGAGAAGAUGCCAAUAGGACCAGUGAACCUUCUGCCCCAUCCUGUGAACUCCUUGACCUAAGUCCCAGCCCUCCCAUGAGUCGGGCCUCUCUGGGAGAACUCAACACCGUGAAUGCCCAGCUUUCAGACUUAAAUUUCAGCUCUCCUAGUCCUGAUGUAACAGACAACUUGAAGCCCAGUCUUUAUCCAGAUUUGCUAGCCUUGGAAAAUACAGAAACACCCCUGUUUGCCCCAAGGACCGGCCAAAACCUUGCCUCAGGUCAUACAUAUGAGAAUUUUCUGGAACAUUCAAAUUCAGUAUUACUACAGCCCAUCAGUCUACAGGCCGUUCCAGCAACACCAUCACACCAGAAGCUGCCAUCCUUGCCCAGCAACCAUCCAGCAUUGACAAAGAAUGAUCUCCAGCCACCCAAUUACUACGAGGUAAUGGAGUUUGAUCCCUUAGCUCCUGCUGUCAGUACAGAAGCUGUUUAUGAAGAAAUUGACGCUCAUCACCACAAAGGAGCUCAAAGUCACAGUGACUGUUGAGGUGAAAGUGGAUGACCAGCAUUAGGGUGCCAACUCUCUAAAAGAAUCAGCUUUGAGGUCCAGAAGACCUACCAGCACAUCAAAGCCAUGGUGGAACAUUUCUCCUCUGCAAUAAUGAAGUUUAACAGAAGAGUAAUAAUUCCUGAGUAACAUCUGUGGUUCUUGGCAACAGCUCAAGCUUGAUCUCAGAAGUACUUGGUUGUAACAUAUAUUCACUUAAAACUUCAGCAGAAGAAAAACUCACUAUACUAAGGUCAACCAGUAUAAUUGAAACAUGUUUCACAGGCCUUCCUACAUUUAGAAAAGGUCAUCACACAGCUGUGGUAAGAGUAGAUCAAGAUUGUUUCAUUACAAAAUAAUUCUGAAUAGAUCUAAGCACGAAAUGUGAGAAAGUCUAUUAUGCAGGAAGACCAAGUGCCUUCAUUUAAAGUUAAAUGUAAAUGUCAGCCUAUACUUCUUUAUAAAUAAUAUUCUCGGUUAGAAUUAUGAAUUGUAAAGGCCUUGAUGAUUGUAGUUUAAUUAUAUUUCAGGUAUCCUGAAGAGGUUUCUGGACUUACCUUUAAAUAUGAUUCUUUAUAAUACUAAAUGUUCCUUUUUCCCCAUUUUACUGAAAUUUAGUAUUUCUUUGGAACAGAGACUACUGGGAAACAUUCAGAAUAAAUUGUGCAUUUGUUUAUGUCAUAAAUUACAAUGACAAAUAAAUUACCAUUGAAACAA